CACUCAUCACACUGCACAAACAAGAUCAAUGUGAAGAGGUUUUAACUUUAUCACAAUAUCACCUCAUGUAUUCAUAAACUGCAGGGCCGACUGGGAGUCAAAACUGAUCUCGGACACUUUAAUUCAGCUUCCCAUCUGUCAUCAAAAGGAGGAUUCUUUUUCUGCAGAUAUAUUCAAGGAGACGACGAGACGAAGGAAAAAUAGACGGAAUAGAAGAAGAUAAAGAGGCCAACAUGUCCAACGCUGUGCUGAGAAGAAACUCCACCAAACAGGGUUUACAGAACCUGAUAAGGCUGACGGCUCAGAGGAGCGUGGAGGACGCGGAGGAGGUGGAGAGGGAGCAGCGUCGGAGAGCUCGGGAGGCGUCACGCUGGACCAACGGCGGCUCGCUGCCGGCUCAGUCUUCACUGGAGAACGAGACGCCGGCAGACGAGACCAUGUACGACGGCGACCUGAAGCCCAGCGGCUCUCCGUCCCUGGAGGAGGACGAAGGCUUCAGCGACUGGACUCAGCGCCGAGAGAGACGGAGGCAGCAGCGCCUGCAGGAGCUCGGCCACGGAGGUGAGGAGGACGAGGACGAGGAGGAGAACGCCAUAAACAAAGCCGUGCCCGUAAAGAGCGUCCAGGCGUCGGUCGCGUCCUCUAGCCGGCUCCAGAGACAGCAGCACGAAGACGAAGACGACGGAGCCGCGGUGGCGAUGGGGAGGAGGAAGGAGCGAGAGGAGGAGGAGGUGGCGAGGGGGAGGAGGGAGACACAGAGGGAGGAGGAGGAAGACAAGAGGAAGAGACAGGAAGUGAUGACCAGGAAGAGGGAGGAGAUUCAAAGGCCGAAUACAGAGAUGGAGAAAAGAAAAGACGUUAAAAUCUCCUACACGUCCAAGGUGUUCCUUCACCAAGAGUCGAAACUCGGCAUCGCCAACGGAGACGCAACCAAAGAGGAAGUGACGUCGUACAAGAGCAAGACGACAAAAAGACCCACCAGCAGAGCCGCGGAGCCGGAGGAGUCGCAGGCCAUCCUGGAGACGGAGCGGCGUCUGGAGAAGAUCCGGCUGGGCCUCCAGCAGAAGGAGAGCCAGGAGCUGGAGCAGCUGAGACACCGACAGGCGGAGGCCGAGCAGGAGCUGGAGCAGCUGAAGAAAAGGAGGGAGGAGAGGCGUCGAGUCCGAGAGGAAGAGGAGCGUCGCCGGGAGGAGGAGGAGCACCAACGGCUGGCCAGAGAGGAGGAGGAGAGGAGGCGGAUGAAGGAAGACAUCGAGAAGAGGAGGACGGAGGCAGCAGAGAGGAUGAAGAGCCUGAGUACGCUCAGCGUGGACGGAGACGAGGCGUUCUGUCCCUUCAGUCCCAAAGCUCCUACUCACAAGAUCACAGAGAGAACGCAGUCGCUGAACCGCUCGCUGAAGAAAAGUAACAGCUUUAAGAAGACGCAGACUCUCGUCCUGCUGCCCAAGAUCGACGACAAGCUGGAGCAGUACGCCCACGCUGUGGAGAACUCCCAGGAGGCUCGGGCAGUGAAGGCAACACUGACGGACCUGCCCAGCUCGCCUGAGGUCGUCGCCUCCAAGAAAACUCUGUUUGAGGCCGGAGAAGCCUGGAGCCAAGCUCCCGCCAAGCCAGCUGCCUGCAAGGACGCUGAGGGGUUGAAGGUGGUCGUGGCCGAGCGGAUCACUCAGUGGGUGAAAGGUCCGUCAGACGGCAGCCGACCGUCGCUCUGUAAACCCACAGAUGUGCGGCCCGGAGAUGUGAUGCAGAAAAAGAACAUGUGGGAAGUUAUCGGAGACUCGAUAGGGCAGCCCGGGACACAAAGAGUCAAGGGUUCUGCAGCUGGGAAAAAGUACAAAUUUGUGGUCACUGGUCACGGAAAAUAUGAGAAGAUCCCCGUGGACGACGAGAACGGAGGAGAGUUCAUUAACGGAGAGUCUGAUUUAUAUCACGAUCGUUACUGAGGUGUCGUCUCUUCGUUGGUUUUUACUUUGACGCCCGCUGGCUUCAAAGACGUUUUAACAGAAGCAGCCAUUACAGACUCAAUAUUUCAUUUAUAUCUAAUAAAUCACUUCUGCUGACUCUCUCAGUUGGACAUCUACAAACCCACCGGCCCAAAUUCAACAGCUCUGAUCAUCAAAUGUCUAUAUGUUCAGUUUCCUCUUUGCUUUUGUAUUUUCUGACAUUCUGUUUCUAUUAUGUAUAUAUCUGACUGUGAGCAUUAAUGUUUCUGUAUUCUUCAGGGUGUUUUUGGGGGAACCAUUCCUUAUCUUUGUAUUAUGUUUUGUAGGAAAGUUUAAGUCUUUUGAAUAGAAAAGUUUUCACGUUACCAGUCACGUAGAUUUGAUGGAGAUCACACUUUAUGUUGAUGAAUCACACUUUAGGGUAUAUGUUCGGCACUUUUGGCUAGAUAACAAUCUGGAACAGUUUUGGAGAGACAUACUUUGUCAAAAAACUGCAAAACGCAGAGUUUAAACGGAUUAUAAUACUACAGACGGUUCAAAAACUGAGUUUAGUAUUCCUUGGCUCACUUUUGAACCCAAUAUAGACAGCAUUUAUUUGGUUAUCUGUAUCAAAUAUUUCCUGUGUAUGUUUUAAACUGCUCUGUCUCUGUACUACUGCAGACAUUUUAAACUUUUAUCCUGUACUUAUUUUUUUUGAUUUUAUGUUUAUAACCUCUUUUCUUAAAUAAAUUAAUUUUCUAAUUUUG